AUGUUAAAGGGGGCAACCGAGCAGACAGCCUACAUGAUGGAGGUAGUAUCGUCGCCCAUAGACAUCCGCAACAUAAGACAUGUUGCGGAUAUGUCACCACCCUUGACUUGGGAAGAUGGGGAGGGAGGAAAAAGGGAAGGGGUAGGAAAGGAUGGGAAAAGGGAAAGGGCAACCGGCUCUCUCACUCAUCCAACGAAACGCAGCCACUAA